ACAAUUUUAAAGACUUUUUAACAAGAAGAAAAAUUUGCUCUGAAAAAAAAUAACUAGAUUUGUUGCACAGUGUUAAUUGUCAUUCACUAUGCUUCGCGGGCAUCCAGUCAUUCACGCAGAAGGCUUAUUUGUUCUUCUCUGCCAAAGCAAACAAAACUUUUUAAAUGGAUUAAGCAAGCCUAUUUAAGUUGAGAGGAGAUCCAGCAAAAUGACCUCGAUAUGUCGCACUUGCGGUUACGAAAUGGAGCACGGCAGGCCACUCUUUCACAAGGAAGGCACUGAAGUCCUGCACAACAUCCUCCGGUUGACUGGGGUUUUGUUUGAGGAUCACCCCGGAGUACCCACAAAGAUCUGUAUGCCCUGCCUGCUGGUUCUCAACGAGGCCAUUGCCUUCCGGGAGCGCUGCAUCACGACGAACAACUCCUGGUUCUGUGAUCAGGACACAAAAGAGUAUUCGGAUGAUCAAAUGGAGGAAGGGACUUUCUCAGAAGUACUCCGAGAGAAAGUUGUGCUGAAAAGUACCUUUCAGCAACCAAAGAGUCCUGUGCCUGAAGAGAUCCCGCCAGAACCCAGCAAGGAACCGGAUAGGAUUUCGUCGAUGGCAAUAGAAGAGCCUAUUUUUCAUCUCACUGUUGAUAUAGUGGAUCCCCUGAGGUGCGAGGACCCUAUCGAAGUGAAGUGCGAACUCCUGCCUUUAGAUGAGGAUCCUGAUGAAUCCAUAAACAAAAACCUUAUAAAGGAGGAGUCUAGAAAAGUAGAAGUCAUUGAAGAACAAUCCGAAAAUCAAGUCCUAGAAGAAGUGACACAUGUUAUAAGAAAAAGACGAGGAAGGCCAAAAGACAGUAGGAGCAAAGAGGAAAAGAAUGACAGGCGAAGAAAGUUGGCUGCGGAGAGAAGAGCUGAGACCAAGGAUCAGAAACUCUACUUCUGCGACCAGUGUGGCAAAACCUUCAGCGAAAAGGGCAACUUCAAUGUCCACCUCACGCGACACAAGGGCACUAAGGAGUUCCAGUGCAGCGAAUGCGACCGCAGGGAGUUCACCCAGCACCUGCUCAACUUGCACGUGCGGAUCAAGCAUCGCGGUGAGCUGCCCUACGAGUGCAAGUACUGUGGCCAGCGGUUUGAUAACUGCCUCAAGCGCUUGUUCCACGAACGGAGGCACAAGGAGAACCCGAACCAAAGACCGCAUGAGUGCCCCAUUUGCAAGAAGGGCUUCAAGAGCACAACGUCCCUUAAGCACCACAGCGUGGUGCAUACCGGCGAACAGCCAUUCUACUGCGAGCUCUGCCAGACCCACUUCAAUCGGAGGAACAGUUUGAGAACCCACUACAAGUCCAAACAACAUAUAAAUAAAGUCGAGGAGCAGGCACAAAUGCUUAAUGUUGAAAGCCAAACUGGCCCGGAGGAUGGUGACUAUUUACAACCGGUGUCCAAAAGUACAACUUGUUAGUAGCUCAGUGUUGCAAUUCCUGUUCCCACGGAAACGUAUGCAUACUUUUGCCAUUCACCAAACUCGGCGACAUGUCCGUGGUAAACAUAAGACCAACUGAG